GUCAUUGUCAAUGUCAUAUCGUAAACUGCUGUCCUCGGCGCGGACGACGUUUUCUUUAGAAUUUAUGUUUAGAAUUUUGUUUGUGAUGUGAAUAUUUUUGAUUUGAAAGAUAAAUUGAACCCCUAAUAUUAUUAGAUUGGAUAUUUGCAAAUUUAUCAAUUAAUUCCGUUUUAGUACUUGUGCUACAUUAACUGAGUUUUUAACCGUCACAGCCACAAAUUUCUGUAAACAAUCUCAACAUGAGUGGACGCGCUAAAAAGAAACCAGCUGCGGCGCCAAAGAAGAAAGCCAAUGGUUACAAAAUGCCGGCUCCCAUCGCCACGGGGGAGGUGAUCCACGACACGCUGAUGAAGAAGAAGUGGCGGAUCGGGCCGUCCAUCGGCGUCGGUGGCUUUGGGGAGAUCUACUCGGCGUGUCAACACGAGAACUCGCCCAAGAAAGGGUCGGACUAUCCGUUUGUUAUCAAAAUUGAACCUCAUGAAAAUGGCCCUCUGUUUGUGGAGAAACACUUCUAUGUCAGAAAUGCUAAUAAAGAUGAUAUAACAAAAUUCAUGAAGUCCAAGAAGCUGACAACUUUUGGAAUGCCGACAUAUGCGGGGAACGGCUCCCAUGACUACAAGGGAGAAAAGUACCGGUAUCUGGUGCUGGAGCGCUACGGGAAGGACCUGUGGGCACUCUUCAAGGAGAACGGCAGGUCCUUCCCGCCCGCCACUGUGUUCCAGAUUGGAGUGCAAAUGCUGGAAGUGCUGGAGUACAUCCACAGCCGCGGCUACGUGCACGCCGACAUCAAGGGCGCCAACAUACUGCUCGGGCUCAAGAAGGGCACGGAGCACCAAGCCUACCUGGUGGACUUCGGUCUGGCGACCCGCGUGACGGACAAGGAGUUCAAGCCGGAGCCCAAGUGCGCGCACAACGGCACCAUCGAGUACACCAGCCGGGACGCGCAUCUCGGAGUGCCGACAAUGCGUGGCGACCUCGAGAUCCUGGCGUACAACAUGCUGCAGUGGCUGGCGGGGUCUCUGCCGUGGGAGGACCGGUUGGGCGAGCCCAAAGCCGUGCAGGCUGCCAAGGAGGCCUUCAUGAAGAAUGUGAAGGCUGAGGUGGCUAAACUAGGGGAUGUGCCAGAAGAACUGAUAAAAUUCUUCACAUACAUCAACACCUUAAAACCUCGCGAUGUGCCCGACUACACCAAGUGUGUGCAGAUCCUGGAGGGGUACCUCAAGAAACACGGCAAGACCAGGAACAGCAAACUGGAGUUCACUCCCACCAAGAAGACUGUGGCCAAAGGCAGGGCCAAGAAACUACCCGAGAGCGAGGAAGAGGAUGUGGAAGAAACAGUAUCGAAGAGAAAGCCUAAAGAAAACGGGGUUAAAACGUCACCAAGAAAGAAAGCAAAGACUAAAGAACCUGAUAGUAAAGAGGAGGAUGAUACAGAAAGUAAAGCGAAGACCAAAGAGAAUGGGACAGAGAAACCACGGCGCGGGAGAACCCCAAAAAUACUCGUCCAAGAUACAGACUCUGAGACUGAAAACUGCGAGAAUGAGACGCCGAACGGCAGCGCACAGACUAAAGCCAAAGUUGUAAGGAAAAAGAAGUCGGCGAAAAGGAAAUCAUCGGAACCAGCGCUUUUAGUUAAUGUUAAGAAAACUAAGUUAACUCCUAGAGCGACGCCGCCGGUUAGGAAAGGACUUGUCAACACCGCAACACAGACCUCCGGAUCUAGAACUAGAAAGAGCCCUAGACAGGUGUCCUUCGAUAGUCCUAUAUGCGCCAUCAUAGGUGAGGGUAAAGCUUCAAAACUAUCCAAAGACAGUGAAGUGAACUCGAGCGGUGAUAUCUUUGAUGAUUCCUUUGAGAUUCAGGAGAAGAAAGUUAAACCGAGAAGGAAAUUGUUAUCUGAUGAAGAGGUGACGGUCAAGAGGGUAGUUAAGAAGAAAGUGACCACUUUGAAACCGAAAGCUAAGUCGUGGAGAGAUACACCCGCAGUGCUCAAUGGUCGGUCACCGCCAACCUCAUAACUAAACUUGGUAGGUAAGUUAUUAUGUGGAUAAUCAAUUUGUAAUAGGUGGAAAUCAUUCCAAUCGGCUAGCCCAGUUUCUUGUUGAGUAAAUCUACAUAAGCACUAACUUAAAUCCAGCUAAGUUCAGCUUAACUGGAUGUUUUCGGUUGUGAAACUGGCAUAGCAUAAAACAGCUGUAAGUUAAGUACUUAUUAUUAACUCGAAUAGAAUUUCAAUUGACACCAAUGUACAAUAUAUCGUUAAGUACUUCAUAUACUUAUCAAUAUACAAUU